ACCCGUGUAAACAGGAAGUGCAACUUCACUCGUCCACCCUCAGUUCGACGAGUCGAGGGAUUAUAAAGAGAUACUUGGCACAAGGGAACGGACGGGAAUCUCCGGUAAAUUCACUCAGGGAUUAUCUCUAAUAAAAGAAGAUGCUACGAUGAAGGCUGCUGCGGUGAUCAGGAGCAAUUCUCUCCGCUCGUUCGUGGUUUGCGGUCAUGAAUCCUAGCCCCUCCUCCGGCCGCUGUGACGGUCAGGCUGGGACCGCUGACCUCAUGGAUGACUGGCUCUUCCUCUCCCCUGAAUCUGCUCGACCUCAGGGCCGAGAAGAAGUGAGCGUGGAGGAUCUGGAGACAGAAGACCGAGGCAAACUCAAAUCCAGGCUGGUCUCGGCGUGGAACAGCGUGAAAUACGGCUGGCCCUUGAAGCAGAAAUCCAAGUUCAGCAAGAGCUCUUCUCUGAUCAUGUUUGGAAAGUCUUAUGAGCUCAAGAAUGAAGGGGACAGAGAGAGUUUCCGUCGCAGCUUCGCGUCUCUCCUGUGGUUGACCUACCGACGGGGUUUCCCUCAGCUGGGUGGCUGCUCUCUGACCACAGACAGCGGUUGGGGCUGCGUUCUGCGCACGAGCCAGAUGUUGCUGGCACGAGGGCUGAUGCUGCACCUGAUGCCACCAGACUGGACUUGGUCCGCGAGCCACCGUGCGGUCAAAGAUGACAUGGACCUGCUUCCCUCCGCAGUCAGCGAAGAGUCUGAAUGGAAUCCGCAUGAAAGCGCAAAUAAGCGAGGUCGCAAACUCAGCCUGGGUUCACGCCUGGAAAGACCCUUCGAGGCCACACACACUAGGAUGGUGUCCUGGUUUGCCGACCACCCGAGCGCACCUUUCGGCAUUCACAAGCUUGUGGAUUUGGGCAGAAGCUCAGGGAAGAAGGCCGGGGACUGGUAUGGCCCGUCCACUGCCGCACAUAUCCUCCGGAAAGCUGUGGCAUCUUCAGCGGACGUUCCCGAUCUAGUUGUGUAUGUUGCACAAGAUUGCACCAUCUACUUGCAGGACGUGAAGAAGUUGUGCGAACAGCCUCCCCCCUGCCCCUGGAAGUCUGUCAUCAUCCUGGUUCCUGUGCGACUCGGAGGACAAGAUCUCAAUCCCGCCUACAUCACCUGCAUCAAAAGUCUCUUGAAGUUGCCGUGCUGCAUCGGAAUAAUUGGCGGCAAACCCAAGCACUCUUUGUUCUUCGUCGGCUUCCAGGAUGAACAUUUGCUGUACUUGGACCCUCACUACUGUCAGCCCACAGUGGACGUAACAAAGAAAAACUUUCCCCUGGAGUCGUUUCACUGUAAAUACCCCAGGAAAGUGGCUUUCUCUCGCAUGGACCCCAGCUGCACCAUAGGAUUUUAUGCAAAGCGACAAAAGGACUUUGAAUCAUUAUGCAUGGAUGUUAAUGAGGCUCUGUCCACUUCUGCAGGGACGUACCCAAUGUUUAUAUUUUCUGAAGGAGGAAGUCAAGAGGACCAGGGAAUCGGUCGCCCCAAUAACACCACCACAUUUUUACAGAGGAAGGACGAACUGAGAAGAGCCGACACUAGCGACAGCAUGGAGGAGUUCGUUCUGAUAUGAACUAAAGAACGUCAAAUGUAUCUCGAUUGAAGACUGUGACAUUUACAUUUCUGGGAAACUACUGCUGAGCAUAAUAGCAAACAAGGUUGUCAAGAUCUACGGACAGUAAGCUGGACGGUAUAUUUAUAGGGUUUUUUUUUUAUGAAGUGAUCAGGUAUUUGUAAUUACACUGUUUGAUUAUUAGAAUUAGAGUUUUGCUCAUAUUUCUAUUUUUAUAUGUUUUAAGAGAAGACUCCUUAUAUCGGUGUGAUUUAGUUGAAGGAAAUCAAAGAACCAUGAAGAGUAAUUUUCAGAGUUAAUUAGUCGUUUCACCCAGAGGAAAAACAUUAGGCGUGAGUUAAAACGAGACACACAGCCUCCCAUUGUUCGGUGUCAUGUGACAAGUAGUGCCGCACUUUGAAUGGAUUAGAAAAUUUGAUUCUGGCGAACAUGUGACUCACACAUGAGGAACAGAAAAAGAGGUUGCCCUUUCUGGGGGGAAAAGGAAAAACUUAUUAAAAGUUAAAUGCUUGUCAAAUGAACUGGAAUAAUGCAUUGGGAUAUAUAUGUUUAUAUAUAUGUGUAUACUCUCAUCGGCUGGACUGGUUUUACAGUCUUUUAUCUAAAUAAACAGUUUAGGAAUUUCAUUGUCAAAACCAAUUAAAAACAAAGUUAAUGCGGUGAA